AAUUAUAGUCAAAAAUUUUGCGCAUGGUCCCCGCAUGGAAUCGGGCAGCCCCAUUCAGACUGGAUUGGGGACGAGCGCAAGUCGUUUUGCGCGGACGAUUUUGUGGAGACCAUGUAUCGCUUGAGCCAGAGAAAGCCACUACAGACGUACUGCAGGUGGGCACUAAUUAGAAGUUACAGCCACGUGGCUGCCGAAGCAGAAGCAUCGUCUAGUGCAGAAGCUACUCCAGACUUCAAACAGACUCCCAGUGGAUGGGUACCUCCUUUGGGAAAACCGGCUCCGCCAGGUGUCCAGCCCGAUAUCCCAUUCCGAGUCGUCCGCAGUAGGUAUGGGAACCUGCCUGUGUACCUGGACUACAAGAGCGGAGGUAGUCGAGUCCUCACAAUCGUCCGCAAGGUUGAGGGAGACGCAGAGGCGCUAGAGAAGAUGCUGAGGGCCCACCUGGGAGUAAAGGGACUGCUGAGCAGGGCCGACAGUCUGAUUGGAGCUGUCACCGUCAAUGGAGACUACAAGACCAGAACUGUGGCUUGGCUCAGAACAGUGGGCUUCUAGCAGCACACCUUCACUAUCAUACUAUCACAUAAUACUGCAGUCUUCACUAUCAUACUAUCACAUAAUACUGCAGUCUUCCAAGCUAUUCAAGUGCGUCAAAUUCUUUUUACUACCACGCUGAUGCCUACAUUGACACAGUCACUAUAUUAUAGAACAACUC